AUGCCGCCUCGAGCGUCUUUGACUAGUUCUUUCUCUGUCACCGACGCCAACAAUGAGGUCGUCUGUCCCUUGAAGAAUAAUGACGGCUCCAAUUGUCGGAAAAGAUGCCUCGGUGUGAGUAUUUCCCCCAUCUUUCCUUUGUGUGUCGGCCGAUCGAUCGGAGCCCCACUUCCAGCAACGCCGGCUAUCGCAGCUGAGAAACGCUAUCGCUCCAUGCAGGAGCACAUCCGUCGGGCGCAUCCGAAUAACUACAUUCCGAAGCUCCCGGCCACCGAGGAGAGCUUUAUCUUGAUGGUUACCACCCCUCCGGAACAACGAGCUCAGAUAUCUCCGCCAAAUCAGGCUCAAUCCCGCCGUCGCAAUGCUCAAUUGCACCAUAACCGAUUAGCCUCGGACUGGGAUACGGAUAUGGAAACUCACUCUGAUAACGAUAUUGGACGAGACCGCAUGCGGUCGUCUAUUGAGCUGCCUUCCCUUCGCGACCAUUUCAAACAGGAAUCAUUGCCACCCUUUUCACCACGCCCACGAGAACUUCUACCAUCCAUUCUCAACCACUCGCCUCCUGGUCGCUCGUCAACCCUUCCCCCCAUCCAGAGAAGGGAUAAAUUGCCCCGUCCUCGCAAGUCCUCAAUAUCAGCGGCGCGAAAACCUAAACAUGACCGGGUCAAGUCAAAGGAAUAUGGCCGGCGCCCUAGCUUGGGCGAUCGCAAAGCGCUAUCCGCUGAACCGCAGACAGCAGCGUGGGCCCAAGGCAAGCGCUGGGAGGAUCUGAUUGAGGCGGCUACGUCGGCCACGGAGGCAGAUGAUGACCGACAGUCAGAGGUCGGUCGGUCACCGACCCUCGCACCUCUGAUUUCGAACAUCACUUCUGCUCCUUCUGCCCCAGGGAAUCGGUCAUCACUCCCUCCUGCCUUCCAGUCAGCGGGCGGAUUGCCCCCACCCAAUUCCCAUCGCCCAUUUCCACCACAUUCUUUUGGUGCUUCCCCUUUGCACAAGUCCUUGACACCUCCACCUUAUGAAACAGCCCGCAGCCGCGACAAUGACCUGGAGCCUUUCCCGUCUAUUGAGUCUUCUUUGGACUCGGCAUCGACUGCGUCAGGGAAGAAUUUUGCAUUCUCGGGUCAUCUUGGGCCAUUGGCGAAACCCGAUUCCAGCCCUGGUUUAAAUCUUUUCCCCCGCCAGCAUCAUCGCUUCUCCAACCCAACUCCAGCAUCGUUUCGGCAAAAGGAUGUCCAGGUCUACUGUGCUAGCUGCCAUCGGCCCUGGGCGCUAAGCGAAUGUUAUGCUUGCACAGAAUGCAUUUGUGGGGUAUGCCGUGACUGUGUAGGGAUGUACAUCAGCAGUCCCACUGCAUCAUUUAGGAAUGUGACGUCAAGCCCGGGUAGCGCCAUGUCACACGGUCCAACGAGCUAUCCUCCCCGGGGUUGUCCGCGCUGUCGUACCAUAGGAAGCAAGUGGAAGGCGUUCCAACUUGAAUUUAAGUGA